CCUUAAGAUAGGUUCAGUUUGUUAAAACUUAAAAAUAAAAAUACUGUAGAGUCUUUAAUAAGGUUAAGGAUGACGUCAAAUAACCCUACUGAUGAUGAAAAUUUCGAGUUUAAUUGGCUUCAAACAAGAAAAGAAGUUGGUUUACCCGAUCUUUCUGCCUUCAAUGAUGAAACUGGAUCAGAAAAGUUUAUGAGGAAAUUCAAAGAAAACCCUUUGGUGCCCAUAGGUUGUCUCUUGACCACAACUUGUUUGACUCUUGGGCUGAUGAGCAUGAAGAAAGGUGACAAGAAAAUGUCACAACUGAUGAUGAGGGGAAGAAUACUCGCUCAGGGUUUCACACUUGUAGCUCUGGUCACAGGACUAUGUAUAAAGGCUUCUGCAGACUAAACACAUGUUAAAUACUUGUAACUUCUAGCUUGCAUAGUUAAAUAUUGUAAAUAGUACCAUAUAUGCUCUUCAAUUUUUAAAUCCUAAUUAAAAAUUUGUUUUCAAUAAUCA